CAAAAGCGCGGAAUUUCAAAACUGUUUUUGUCGCAUAAACUUUCCGUGCCGUGGUUCAUCCGGACUAAAUAAUGCGGUAAAGUAACUGUAACCAUAGAAACUAAGUAAUAAAUUAAGUGAGUUAAUUUCUAUUUACGUUUUUUUUGUUAUAGAAAAAUAGUGACGCAAUCAAACAGCACCCGCGGUGUUUGUAACGUCAGCCCGAGCUAAAUGUAACUGUCUGAUAAUAACAGACUAUUUGUCGCGAGAUAACUUAUAUUUAUUCACAAGCGAUAAGUUUAACCUGGUUCAGCCUAAACGCGGCGGUUACUCUGUCUGGAAGAAGCUGGUUACUUUGCUAACAAGCUAAUAUGACGUGCGUCGCUAAGAGGUGAACAGUUAAGUUAAACUUUGAACAAUGGAGGACGAGUCGUCUUGCUCUUCGGCGGUGACCGGUGCUGGGGCGGUGUCUUUCCUCCAGAGGACACUGCAGCGGUUAUCAUCCACACAGUGUCUGAAGCUCGGAGCCGGGGAGGAGGCUCCGGUGGCUGUCGUUGCGCUGCAGAGGUACUUAUCCGAUCAGAGUGACGGGCAGCAGGUCGAAAGCUACACCUACGAUGUGACUGUCACUGAUGGAGCCUGGAGAGCCAAGUGCUUUCUCCACCCGGCUUUAAACCAUCUGGUCCGCAGCAACACCCUGAGGACCGGGGCGGACAUCAGCAUCACACAGUGCACCUUUGUGUACAACGAGAGGAGGCUGGGACACGGGUUCAUCUCCAUCGAGCAGCUCAGGUGUGUCGCGGCGAGAUCCGUGGUCCUGCCCCGGGUGAACGAUGUCAGUUCGCUGCCCAUGCUGAUCAAACCCGGCAUGGAGUGGAGCGUGGUGCUGCAGAGCGACGUCCCCCUCCAGGUGAGCCGCAAGCACUACCUGUGUCUGUGGAACAACGACGACCCAGAGGGAGACGUGUGGAGCUCGGGUUCCCCCUCAUCCGACACGGUGCUGGACGUGUCCAGGAUCACACUGCUUUCCAGUCUGGAGUCUGUCUUUAGAAGCUCAUGGAAUCCUCUGCCUCUAUUAGUGAAGAUUAUACACAAAUCCAGAUUAAGAUUCUACGGGAAGUUUGGUCUGAAGAUUGAAUACCCCUACCAGGCAUACUUUGAAGUUGCUGACCAGAGUGGCACCAUGUCCCUUGUGCUUUGGAAUGAACUUUGUCCAGAGUUUUACCAGAGACUGAACGUGGGCACUGUGUUGUACCUUCAGAAUUACACCCUGAAGCCAAGUUAUCCAAACCGCUCACGGCCGCAAAUGGACCAUCACAGAAUGCAGAGCUUUAACUCUUUAGAAAUCUGCCUCAACCAUCGCAACCCAGUGUCAAUCAUCACUGUGGUGUCACCAAAAAGUGUGCUGCCUCAGUGGGGACUGCCGGAGGUUUCCUACCAGUUCACCACCAGGUCAGAGUUGGAAAAAUUAGCCAACAAUUCUGCAUGUGAUGUCAUCGGUUUGGUGACGUUUGUUGGUCGCGUUGAAAGAGUGAAGAGCAAAGUGAACAAGGGUCCAGAAAAAUACUGGACGUACCGCUGGGUCCACGCUGUGGACGGGACGUCUGAUCGUCCUUUUAUCCUGGAGAUUUUUUCCUCUUCUCAACCAGAGAUCUUCAACUGUAUAUGCCCGAUGACCUACCUGGUUUGCACUCAGAUGAGGGUUUGUCAAGUGGAAGGUUCAUUGCCCUACCUCACAAGCAGCUGCGAGACAGAGACAUUCAUCACAGGCUACCACAAAGGUCAGCCAUAUGUGAGUCACCCCCAAGUGAAGAACUUCAUCCAAUGGACCAAAACUCUGAAGGACAAUGUCGUCCUCCAGAAGACUGCUGUUGGCGGCCAUUACUGUUAUCCUUGUCCCCCAAAGGUUUUCAAACAGUCAUUGGCAGACGCCUCAGCUCAAGUUCCUCUGGUUGCUGUGGCCGACCUGAAGAGGGAGUUAGAGACCCUGCAAUACAGGGAGCAUAAAAAACUGGCAGUUCAGGGGCAGAUCACAUCGGUGAGGUACAUGAACACCCCAAAGAGCACAGACUCACAAGACACACACGAGAAAGAGGCGCCUGAUGUUUCCACUGAUGUGUGUGAACCAGACACACAGCAGCAUCCCUCAGCAGCUGAGCAGAGUUUGACGGACACUUCAACAUCUCCCUCUGCCGAGAAAACCUCAGCAAUCAGAGGAAAAAGAAGAAUUGAGACCAGAAAAGCCACGGAGUCGUCUUUGGAUUGUGAUAGCACUCCAUCAAAAAGAAGAGCCAGACGUCAGAGUGCAGAGGACGGACGAGAGGAGGAAGAAGACGACGACAGCGUUUCUGAAUCCGAGGAGGCUCAGGAUGUGGAACACAGGCCGUCAUCGCAAAAUCCAAAUCAAGACUUUGAUGUUUUAUCCUGGGAAAGCAGCGGCUGGCCGAGUCAAAGAGAAGAAAUGUCUGAGCAUUUGUGUCAAGGUGGUUUUUACGAGGACAGCGUCUCUCAGAAGUUCACGUCUGAUGCGAAGAACGUCCUCCUGCAGUGGAGUAACCUUCAGCCAACACACUGGACGCCGGAGCAAAGCGCUAACACCAACCCACUCGUGGUUUGUCGAGGAUAUUACCACGUGACGAUAUUGGGCAUCAACAAACAGAUAGCAGUCGAUGCCGCAUAUUUUCCUGUUGUGAGUGCAGAUGAGCCCAGGGCUGUGGGUCUUCCUCAGGAUCCCCAUGGCAACACAAUGCUGUCCUGCCUUUCUUCAGGCUUCCUCUGUCCUCUCAGUGACACAGAGAACCAAAGUGAUUCAGCUCUUCCCCAGCCAGAGGAGAUCUUAGAGAGUGCCGGUGAGCUGGAGGAUACACAUGUCGUGUGUAUUCUGGACCUUUGUCAUCUGGGUGGAGAAGCGGUGGAAGUCGUGAUCAACAAGAUCUACAGAAUUUCGGAGGUUUCUCUCAACUAGCAGCUCCACAAGAACAAGUGUUCACCACUGUGGUACUUUACAAUCACGACAGCAGAAAGUUAUUUUGUCCAGAAACAUAACCUUCACUUGUUUUAGAUCCAACUUCAACUUGAUAAUUUAUAGAUUCUCCUGUAACACAUGUACAGUAAAUGUCACAAGAUUUUGUAGUUCGUGACAUAUUUUAUAAUUUAAUGUUAGUCUGUAAAAUACAAUUUAUUUUUUUUUACCUUCAGAAUUGAGCUGUAUAUUUACUGUGACUGACAGAUAAAUAAAUACGAGCAGUGUCAGUUUAUAACAAACCUGUGAGUUUCACUUCUUUGACCAGGAAACAUUUAUUUAUUUUUUACAAAGGAACUGUAUUUUGAUUGGCUGCCGUCAAAUUAAUCUCCAAAAAUAAAAUCAUGUCAAAGCUUUUUCUAGGUACAAGGCUCUUCCUCAGACUUCUGAUAUAAAAAGAGUCGCCAUCUUAGAUAACCACAAUGAAUAUUUAACAAAUCACUUGAUCAAUGCAGAAUAUAUACAUAUCAUAGUAGAUAGAAAAAUAGUGUACAAAAUAUAAACUCGUAAAAUUUAAGUCGUAUCAAUAGUAGCCGUAAGUGCUAACUAU